UGCAAUGCUGUCCGUAAUUUGUUAUGGAGAUGUUUAAAGGGGCCAAAUCAAAGACCACAGUUUAGAGAUUUUAUUUUAUUCUGAGUGAAUUGGGAUGCUAACUAAAGUCUAUGUAUAAGAGAAGGGAAUUAUUUCAUUUUCUUUGUCUAAAGAAUCACCCUGGCUGUGGCAUGGAGAGCAGUGUGUUGGGAAGCAAGAAAGGAAGCAGGAAGCCAGUAAAGACACAAUCACAGUGAUCCAUGGGAAAAACAGAUGGCUUGAACUAGGGCGAAGGCAGUGGAGAUGGGAAAAGCUUAACUAAAGUUUUGUUAACAAGCAUUUCACUUCUGAUUGAUCAGUGGGAACAAGCAGCUCAUAAGCUCGGUUAAGUACUUAUGAAGCAAAGAUGUGGAUUUGGGGGAUCUGUGUCUGACGUUGUCAUAGAUACACAUGGGAGCACCUAUGCGUCUUAUCUAAGUCAUAGGAAGAAGGAUUGUUAUUUGUAGUAAGCCAUGUUCCUGAACACAAAGGGAAAAGGGAUUUCUUUAAUCAUGGCUGUUUUCCAGGAUCAUGGGGUUCAGGUAAAACUGAUCGUCAUCAGGUGAUAUAUAUAUUCUACUAAGUGUAAAGUCUAAUAUAAAUACAACAGUCUGCUUUAAGAGGUUAUCCUUCUGACUACAAGUUUUCUUGAGCCCACAGUGAAAAUUGAAUGAUAGCAAAAAAGCAAGCCAGGACAAUAUUUCAGUAUUGUAGACAAAGAGUAGCAAUUGAUAUUUAAUUCCUUAUUUUCUUUCCAAAGAUGCUUCAAAUAUAAAUCUGAGUCCCCUUCUGUCUCUACACUGUUAUUCAGUAUUUGUUGGUCUUUAACAGCUCACAGACACAUGAAAAUCUUCAACACCCCCGAUAACUCCAGCACCAUCACUGGCUUCAUCCUCCUGGGCUUUCCUUGCUCCAGGGAGGGUCAGAUCCUCCUGUUUGUGCUCUUCUCUGUUGUCUACCUCCUGACCCUCAUGGGCAAUGGUUCUAUCAUCUGUGCCGUGCACUGGGAUCAGAAACUCCACACUCCCAUGUACAUCCUACUUGCCAACUUCUCCUUCCUGGAGAUCUGGUAUGUCACCUCCACUGUCCCCAAGAUGUUGGCCAACUUCCUCUCUGAGACCAAAGUUAUGUCCUUCUCUGGGUGCUUUCUGCAGUUUUAUUUCUUUUUCUCCCUGGGUUGUACAGAAUGCUUUUUCUUGGCGGUUAUGGUGUUUGAUCGCUAUCUUGCAGUCUGCUGACCUCUACACUAUCCAACCAUUAUGACUGGACGUCUCUGCACCAAUCUUGUGGUCAAUUGCUGGGUAUUUGGUUUCCUCUGGUUCUUGAUUCCUAUUGUCAUUAUCUCCCAGAUGUCCUUCUGUGGAUCCAGGAUAAUUGACCACUUCCUAUGUGACCCAGGUCCUCUUCUAGCACUCACUUGCAGAAGAUCUCCUGUGAUGGAGCUCGUCUUCUCCACCUUAAGUCCUCUGUCUGUCAUUAUUCUCUUUUUCUUCAUCAUGGGGUCCUACACUCUGGUUCUAAGAGCUGUACUAAAGUUUCCCUCAGCAGCUGGACGAAGAAAAGCCUUCUCCACCUGUGGGUCUCAUCUGGCUGUGGUUUCACUUUUCUUUGGCUCAGUACUGGUCAUGUAUGGGAGUCCAACAUCCAUGCAUGAAGCUGGAAUGCAGAAAAUUGUGACCCUGUUUUAUUCUGUUGUGACCCCUCUCCUUAACCCUGUGAUAUACAGUCUUAGGAACAAAGAUAUGAAAAGAGCCCUGCAGAAAUUUAUGGGAAUAUAAAAAAGAAUAUAAACCACAAAGACCUCUGAGAAGAACAACAGAAUACAGGGAAAGUCAGCACAACUGGUCUAAACCAAAAGUGAAGAAGUUUCUCGAAUACAACCAAACACUUAGAGCGACAGAGUAGCAAGGGGUCUGAGGACUAUGGUGUCAGGGGACAUCUAAGUCAAUUGGCAUAACAAAGUUUAUGAAGAAAAUGAUCUGCAUCCCACUUUGGUGAAUGUCAUCUGGUAUCUUAAAAGCUAGCAAGUGGCCAUCUAAAUGCAUCAAUUGGUCCCAACCCACCUAGAGCAAAGGAGAAUGAAGAGUACCAAAGACACAAGGAAAAUAUGAGCCUAAGAGAUGUAAAGGGCCACAGAAACCAGAGACUCCAUCAGCCUGAGACCAGAAGAACUAGAUGGUGCCUGGCUAUCACCAAUGAGUGCCCUGAGGGAGAACCCAAGAGAAAGUCCCUGAUGGAGCAGUAGAAAAGUGGAGUGCAGAACACAAAUUCUAGUAAAAAGACGAGACUAAAUGGUCUGACUGAGACUGGAGGUACCCCAGAGGACACGGACACCGGAUGUUCUGUUAGCCCCAAACUAAAACUAUUCCUGUAGCCAACUCUUCAGAUAAUGAUUAGACUGGACUAUAAUACAUAAAAUGGUACUGGUGAAGUGUGUUUCCUAGCUCAAGUAGACACAUGAAACUAAGUGGGCAGCUCCUGUCCGGAGGCGAGAUGAGAAGGCAGAGCAGAACAGGAGGUGGUUGAAUGAACACAGGAAGUACAGGGUGGAGAGGAGGAGUGUGCUUUCACAUUAUAUGGAGAGCAACCAGGGUCACAUAACAAUGUGUGUAUAAGUUUUUGUAUGAGAAACAGACUUGAAUUGUAAACUUUCACUGAAAGCACCAUUUAAAAAAAGAUGCUUGAUCAAUAUUAAACUCAUAUUUAACCUCUUUUUCUGGUUUAAAAAAAAAAACAAAACUGGUGUCAUUCAUAAAAUUUUUCAUCCUAAUAUUGAUCUUAAACCUUAAACACCUGUGAGUCUCUUUCUAUUGUGUAUUUCUUCUCUUGAUUUUUGAUCAUUUAGUCCUGUUUCUUAGCAUGCCUUAAUUUUUUUUU